UGAAUGGACCGGAAGAAAAAAAAAGUCAUUCGCUUUUGAAAAGCCGUAUCAAAAAUGAUACUGUUUGUUGAUAGUCAAUAGAAUUAAUUAUGUAAUUACCGCUUAAAUUGUAAAAGAACACUAACAAGAUAAUUUCCCCGAUGUCCAUCGAAGUUGCAUCUACCGGCGGAAACACAAAACAAGUCGUUUAAUCCAGCCGACGCUGCGAUGAAAACAGAUUUAUAACAGUGCUCCAACCAAAACAAACGGCAAUGCUACCUGUUUUGCUCUACAAUAACAUGGAGGGGAGUUCAAAUCAGCACAACAACGGCAACAACUCCUCAUUCGGCUUCGCUUUAGACGAUAACGUGAUAUUAAACUCGGUGAGAAGUCGUAAAAAAGUCCAAGAGUUGCCCAACUGUCCAGUAUGCAGUUGCACAAUACGCCAAGGAGAACUGGAGACUCAUAUGGCUUUGGAAGUGGAGAGAUUGACCAAAUUGUCCACUGGUGGGACUAAGAGGAAGCUGAGUAGCACGUCUUCGAGUUCUGGCUUGGCUGUGCCGGGGUCCAGCUCAGGGGUAGCCACAGAGGUGGCUGAUGAACAGGAUAUAGAUGUCAGUGGGUGUUUGGGGGGUGAUGUUUACCAGAGGGUCCACAACAACCGUCUCCGGCGCCUCCGCACGCGCUCGCGGCGCUCCCCGGCCGCCACGGGCCAGUGUCCCGUCUGCGAGGCCUCCGUCCCCGUGUCCAAGCUGCAGAAGCAUGCGCUCCGUUGUUUGAAGCGCACGGGGGCUGACGUGGAUGAGGAUGUUUCGAGUAGCGAAGAGGGCAGCAUUGAUGUUGAGAACGACUCCCCCUCCGGCGGCACAUUCGGCGCGACCUACACGUGGUGCGGCGAGGAGCGCGUCCGUGCCUCCGCGCUCAACACGGACACGGACGCGCCGCGCCACAGACACACGCACAAGGAGUGCGAUGCGGCGCUGGUGGUGGACGGUGAUGAGGACACAGAGCUGUACGGUCCCCCGCAGUACUCGCCCUCUAGGAUAAUGCCAGACGACGACUCAGCCCCCCAAUCAGACCCCGAACCACAACCAAUGAACGGAGCGAGCGAAACAGCAGAUACACCGAUGAGGCGAGCGAGCGAGGCGGAGGAUGAACAGACGUAUAAACAGAACGGCGUGGUCUUGCCUAGCGCAGAGGUGAUUCAGACUCGGAUCCACGCAUUGAAAUGUAGAAUAAAGGAAUUGGAGGCGAGACAAAAUGGUGGCGUGGAGGCCAAAUGUCUGAUAUGCCUCGGCCCGUACACCUCUCCUGCCGUCUCCAUACAGUGUUGGCAUGUCUACUGCGAGAUAUGCUGGCUAGAAUCACUGAAAGCGAAGAAGAUAUGCCCUCAAUGUAACGCCAUCACGACCACACAACAUCUAAGAAGAAUCUACAUGUGAAGAUACUGUAUAAUUUACACUUUGCAUGUGAUUAUGUAACUAAUUCAGAGAAAAUUGUAAUGGCGCUGCAUGUUGCAUUCAAGAACCAAUGAUAAGAGAGGAUUCGGAGCGCGUCGAGCUAUAGACCAAUAGCGGGCGAGCGGCAUAGCGUGGGCCAAUGGCGUCGCGCGGUUUUGACACAUCCUCCGCGCCUCACCCCGCACUUCUGGGGGGACCUAGAAAGUAUCUUCUGUUGAUUGGUCAAAUGGUUUCUAGGUUAUACGGCUACAAAAUGAGAAUUUGUUUUCAACUGUUGGAAACAUCACAUUUUGAGUUGAUUUUUUUGUGAAGAAAGCAAUGAAAAUAGAGGUUGUGGC